AUGUCCGAAUCAGCCGGUGCAAAUGGUCCCAAGCCUAGCAGCAGCGUCAAGCUUGUCCUGCUGGGAGAGGCGGCCGUAGGAAAGUCUUCCCUUGUACUUCGGUUUGUCAACAAUGAUUUCCAGGAGAACAAAGAGCCAACAAUCGGCGCUGCUUUCCUCACACAGAAAUGCGCCCUUCCUACACGUACAAUCAAAUUCGAGAUCUGGGAUACCGCAGGUCAAGAACGCUUCGCCUCACUCGCCCCAAUGUACUACCGCAACGCCCAAGCUGCCCUCGUGGUCUACGAUGUUACCAAACCCUCUUCGCUGACCAAGGCAAAACACUGGGUGGCUGAGCUUCAGCGCCAGGCUAGCCCCGGUAUUGUCAUUGCCCUUGUCGGUAACAAGCUGGACUUAACCAAUGACGGUGGUGACACAUCUGCUGCUCCCGAGACCGAGUCUGAGUCGGCUGGACCCGACGGUGAUGAGGCAACUGGUGAAGAGGGUGAGGAACAGGAUGCGACACCGGGUGAUGCUCGAAAGGUUUCUACACGUGAGGCGAGUGGUUAUGCUGAUGAAGAGGGUCUAUUGUUCUUCGAGACCAGUGCAAAGACCGGGACGAAUGUAGUAGAUGUCUUUACAGCCAUCGCUAAUGCUAUUCCUGAGAGUAGUUUGAAGACUGGCCGGGGUGCCGCUGGUGCUGGUGGACAGAAUACUCUUGGUGGUCGCUCUGGAGAUGACUCUCGAGUCAAUCUGGGUGAUCGAAAUGCUGCCACAGCUAAAGAAGGCUGUGCUUGUUAA